GCCCUCCUCCAAUCCAGGUCCCUCUCCAGCGCUGUUCACAUCUGGAGCCCCCUCCACAUCUGGAAGACCCUGACCACCGUCCCUCUGCAGGUUCGGCUGCUUCUAGAGACCGCUGCCUUUGUAACUGCCUAGGAGUUGCGAGGGGAUUGCUGCCUUCCCCCAUCCCAAGGGCAUCUCUUACCCUAGUCCUUGCAGAAUCAUCCCCCUGCCUCCACACCCAGAUUCAGGCAAAGAUCAGCUCUGUACACCACAGGCGCUUCAAGUCCUGGAAGCUGUUCUUGGGCCCUAAGGCCCCUCCCCUUGCCCUCCUGUGUCCUCACCUUGACCCCCCCCCUCCCCCGUCAGACUCGGUCUCCCUCUGGGUGCUCCAUCCCCCACCCAGAGGCAGAGUAGGUCGAGUGGCAGGCUGCAGGGGCUGGGUGAGGGCCGCCCAAGGCCAGGGUAGGCUGGGGGGCCGUUAAAAUGUGGAGCUCUGCCCGGCCGAGGGGGGCUCCGUGGAGGCAGGCAAAGCGUGUGCCCCGCUGGGGCGAGUAUGGGCAGGCUUGCGGCCACGUGGUGAAGGAUGAACAUUCGGGGUGCCCCGGACCUCGGGCAGCCCAGUGACGACCCCAACAGUGGUGGAGAGAGAGAACGGAUUCGACAGCGCAUGAAGAUGGUCAUCGGGCAACUUGAAGGCAUCCUGAGGGAACUCAAAGAAGUGGCUAAGGAGCUGAGGGAGGUGGUGAGUCAGAUCGACAAGCUAACCUCUGACUUUGACUUUGAACUGGAGCCGGACGACUGGACCACGGCCACUGUGAGCAGCACCUCCAGCAGCGACAAGGCGGGAGUGGGCGGCCCCUUUGACCUGGGCCACCUGGACUUCAUGACAGCCGAUAUCCUCUCAGACAGCUGGGAGUUCUGUUCUUUCCUGGAUGUCUCUACCCCGUCAGACUCUGUGGAUGGCCCCGAGGCACCACGGCCAGGCGCAGGCCCUGACUACCAGCUCAUGAAUGGUGGUCUGCCCAUCCCCAAUGGGCCACGCGUGGAGACACCAGACUCCUCCAGCGAAGAGGCCUUCGGCGCUGGCCCUGCAAAGGGUCAGGUGCCCCAGCGGACCCCAGGGACGAGGGAGAGGGUGCGGUUCAGUGACAAAGUACUCUACCAUGCCCUGUGCUGUGACGAUGAAGAGGGGGAUGGUGAGGAGGAGGAGGCAGAGGAGGAGGCAGGCCUAGCCCCAGAGCUGGCCCAUGUGGAGCCACACUCAGGCCCCCUCAAGCCCUCCCCAGCCCCCCACAAGACCAGGCGCUCUCCGUUGACUACCCGACGCUUGGGCCCCACAUUGGCUCCAGAACAGACCCGGAGGGUCACAAGGAACAGCAGCACCCAGACAGUGUCAGACAAGAGCACACAGACAGUGCUACCCUAUACGGCCACCAAACAGAAAGCCAAGGGCAAGAACUAG